AAAAUAACAAGGCCAGGGGAGAGCUGGAGAAAGAGGGUAGAGCUAAGAAAAAGCGAGGGAGAAGGUGAAAUCACAGCCGCACAAAGAAGACACCAAAGAAAGAGCAUAAGAGAAGGAUGAGUGGAGGAGUGAGUGCUGAUCAGUAAGGUCUCCAGAGAGGAAGACAAAGGAGAUGAGUAGCAAGAGGGAGGGUGAACAGCCAGCAGAGAGAACAUCCAUCAGCUGAGGCAGCCAUGCUCUGAGCCCUGGAGCAGCAGGGCUACACAGGCAGUGCACAGGCCCAGCGUCAGGCCCAAAGCUCGGCUCUCUGUCCCAUCCACAACCACCAGAGCCAGCACAAAAGAGGAUUCCACCCUCAGCAGCUGCGCAUAAGGAACAUGAGGACAGCCAGGAAGGGCAGUGUGGAGAUGCCUGCGUUUGUGCGGCAGCUGGUCAAAGAAACAGAAAAGAGGGUCAGCUCUUUCUUCAAAGGGGGGCGUGGAGGAGCAUCAGACGGGGAGCAGCCUGGGGAGGGGGAGAAGGAGGAGGUCAUUCCCAGCCCGUAUCUGGACCGGCCAGUGCUGGACAAGUUGACAGAGGAGGGCUGCGCCCGCUGGGGCCUCACGUACGCCCUGGGAAGCAUGCAGGGCUGGAGGGCCAACAUGGAGGACUUCCAUAACUGUGUGCCACAGCUGGGUGGAGAGCUUGCUGAAUGGAGCUUUUUCGCUGUGUUUGAUGGCCACGCUGGCAGCACAGUGGCACAGUACUGCUCUCAGCAUCUUCUGGGACACAUUCUGGCCACAGCUGGGAUUGGACCUGAGGACAACCCUGAAAAGGUUAAAGGGGCCAUCACAGAGGGCUUCAUGCAAACAGACAAACACCUGCACUCUGUGGCCCGGCGAGAAGGCUGGGAGAGAGGUGGCACUACAGUGGUGUCCACCCUUAUUUCCCCGUACUACAUCUACUUCGCCAACUGUGGUGACUCCAGGGCCAUGCUUUGCCGGUCAGGACAGGUGUGCUUCUCCACUGAGGACCACAAACCUUACAGCCCUCUGGAGAAAGAACGCAUUGAAAGUGCAGGUGGGUCGGUGUCCCUUCAGAGGAUCAAUGGCUCCCUGGCUGUGUCUCGCGCUUUAGGGGACUUCAGCUAUAAAGGAGCAGAAAACCGGACCCCCAGCCAGCAGAUGGUCUCACCAGAGCCAGAGGUGUGCGUGGUGGAGCGCUCACCCACCGACGAGUUCCUGGUGCUGGCCUGCGACGGGGUAUGGGACACCAUCAGCAAUGAGGAGCUAUGUGCUUUCAUCCAUAAUCGUCUGCAAGUCUGUACUGACCUGAGGGAUGUCUGCACUCAAGUCAUCGAUCUCUGUCUGUACAAGGGCAGCUUGGACAACAUCAGCAUCAUCUUGCUCUGCUUCCCAGGUGCCCCCCAGCUGUCAGCAGAGGCAUUACACCAAGAGGCUGAGCUGGAGGACCUGCUGGAAUCCAAAGUGGCAGAAAUAUAUGAUGAGUUAUCUGCCUCUGGGGAGGAGCCUGACCUCCUGUCUGUCCUCACAGUCCUGGCAUCCACCAUCAUUCCUGGAUUGCCUCCAGGUGGAGGGAUACAGAGCAAAAGGAACUGUAUUAUCUCUGCUUACUAUCAUCAAAGAGAGGCACACAGGCCUACAGUACCAAAUGAACUGGGAAGUUCAUGAGACCCUGAAGUGGAGACUGGCUCUAAAUCACAGAGGGGACUAUAAUUAAUGUGACUAUUAAAAUGUUUUCCUCAUGUGUUCAAUUUUACAAUAAGGGAAAUCACAUGACCUGGCAAAGGUGUUCAUUUGCAUGAUGCUAGCAAGCAGCAUCUUAUUAAAACAAAUACAAUGCAAAAAGAAAUCUAAUAAAGCCUGAAACUUUAUAUUUAUAUGAGAUUGAUAUUUUGUAAAACAAGCAGUGAACCCCUCACUCUAAUUUAGUGACCACACAGCACAGCUAAUAAAUUCAAAGGACAGAUCAGUACAAGUUGAUGAAAAACAACCAUGACACUGUACAAUUUCAUUGUCUAAAAACCAGAAUUGUCUGAUACAAAGAAGGUUAUAUUUGAAAAAUGAAAAUUUGAAAAAAAGAUUAAAGGAAGAAUUUUUAGAAUUAAAAUAUGCCUUUAAAUUUCAUUGUCACAGCUAACCAUAAGCAAACAUGUAGAUGGACAUUAGUUCCCUGCAAGAAAUACUAACAGUGAAUCAAAGUCAGGGAACCCAUUAUGUUUCUUAUUGCUGAUGAUAAACAAAUAAUUACAAAUAUUUUAUUAUACAUACAUAAAGGGAAAAAACACAUUUCACAAUCCAGAAAAAACAUAUUUUUUCUAAAUGGUGGCUGUAUUGUAUUUCUAUUAUUCCUGAAGGAAAAGAGCUGCUUAUCAGGAAGUGUGACCAGAACAUAUACAAAAAUGGCCUAAAUCUAUACUUUUACUGACGAAUCAAAUUUCAACAUGGUCGUGUCCACACAUUUACCACCUUUCCAAGCAUUCCAAAAUUGUCUAUGAAAGGUCGUUUUUUGGUGAACUAAUCAUGUACUGUGCUGUCUUGUUCUUCUUUUCUAUGGUAGAUAAAAAACAGCAGCAAAAAACAGAAGGGGUCAGUUUUUGCAUUGGUUCUUUUAUCCACAUCAUACUAUGUUGUCCUGUUAUUUUAGUCAUUUCCUGUGUUUAAACAUUAAAGAAUAAAGAUUUUAAUCUGAAUAAAAAACAUAUGACUAA